UGGACUCAGAAGCGCCGUCACGGCUCGGAGAUCCCUACGGCAGGUCGCGGACGCAGGACCUUCUGCGCUGUUUCUCCUACUCCCUCGCUGUCCUGCUCUCCUCUCUGGAGAAGCGCCGAAAGCUGCCCUGCGCCGUAACUGCCGCUUCUUCCGCCGCUGCCGAAGCCAUGUGGGACGGCGAGGAGGAGGAAGACGACAAAGUGUGCCACACGCGCGCGGAGUAUCGGGCGGGGAGGCGAGAGAGGGCUGUGCGCGUUUACACUGUGAAUGAUGAGUCUAGGUACCUGAUGGUGCGCAACGUGCCGGCGCUGGGGUGUGUGGGCGACCUGCUGCGGCUCUUCUCCGCACAUGGGCCCAUCGAGGAGCAUCGCAUGAUGGAUGAGGAGGACGCCCCUGCCUUCACCGACGUCGUGUGGCUCAAAUUCACCCACCUGCACCAUGCCAGGUUCGCAAAGAGAAAGCUGGACGAGUAUCCAUUCAUGGGCAGCGCAUUGAAAGUUUCGUACCUGCCCGGGCACGAGGCGAUGGAGGACACGUGGGCGAAGCUGGAGGAGCGGCGGCGAAUCGUGGCCGUCCGUUGCCGACGGCUUGCGGAGGAGCAGGCGGGUUCGCAGACGGGUGGAGGGCAAGAUGGCAACAGGGCAAGGCAGAGAGAGGCGCCCGCAGGGACGGGUGAAGUGGCACAUGCGGCAGCAGCAGCAGCAGCAGCACCAACAACACCAACAGCAGCAGCUUCAGCGGGAGCAGUCUCAGCAUCAAGAGCAGCAACACCAGUGGUAGCAGCAGUAGCAGCACGAGCAGGCAGCAUCCCGCCACUGGCACCCCUUCCACCGCCGCGUCCCCAGGCACCACCUCUGCCCGUCUCCGGCGUCACAGCACUCCCUCCACCCCCACGCUUGCAGCCCACCCGGCCGCAUCAGCAGCCCGCCAAGGGGCAUGAACAACACGUGGCAGCAGCUGGCAGCAGCAGAGCAGUCAACACAGACACCGGCAGCGACAUGGUCACUCUACCGAGCAGCAGGCACGCCUGCAGCACCCCUCUCACCAGCGCCACCACGCAGCAGUGUGGCAGCAACAGCAGCGUCCCCCAAUCCCCACACUACUUCGGAGUGCCCUCCAUGGAUGCUGCUGUGGCUCGUGUGCGAUCGCACCUCGCUGCACUGCACGCCCCACCGCAUCCCCACAGCACCCCGCCUAUUCAUUUGCUCUGUCGCUCGCAACUGUAUACGUCCAUCAUGCCACUUUCACACUGCUACGUCCUCUCCCCAUCGUAUCCCAAGCCGUUAUACCCCCCCUCACUUGUGCGCCGCCCACUGCAGACGGACAGUCCUCCCCCUGCGGUGGUUCUUCAGACCCAAUCGCAAUGUGCGCCAAGCGAUAGUGCAAGUGAGCGUGCUGUUGCGGUGCAGCCGACUAAAAAGAAGCUCCUCCUUGCCAAAGUGCUCUAUCCCGUGCGACGGUGGACGCGCAAUUAUCGGAGAGUGCGCCCAGUCGCACCAACCUCUCGUUACUACUCCUAUCCGUCGCCCUCUGUCUCAUCUACCUCUCAUGCACCACACCACCCUACCUCCCUCACCCACCGACCACCCUCCUUUCCCCUCGACGCUAGCACCUUACGACCCCCCCAUGAAAGCUGUGCUUCCCCUCCGCCGCCAUCUCUCUCCAACUCGCCCUCCACUCCCGCACCCUCCCUCACCCAAUCCUCCCCGGCCCCACCUCUUCCACCAUUGCUCCCCCAUCUUGCCUUUGCUACUCCGUCCCCUUUAACCCUCCCCCAUACCCCCCCCUUUCCACCCGCUUGUCCCACGGCAACCCCCAUGUCCUUCGUCUCCCACCUCGCAGUUCCCCCCGGGCGGUGUAUAUCACAAGGGGGACAGUGGCCGCCCUUCUGGCUGCACGGGAAGCUUCCGCGAAAGAGCCCGAAGGGCGGCGCGCAGGAGCUGACACUGUGCCGCGUGUACAAGGAUCGCACGUGCUGCGGACGCGAGAACAGCGACCACGCCCUCAUCUCCACCCGGCGCCUGGUGGUGGGGGGGGAGCCAACGGACGACUGCAUUUCCAAGUGGGAGGCGCUGCAGUGUGCCACGUGUCACCCCCUCAUUGGCACACAGCAUGGGCCGCCCGCCAUUUGCAACUCGUUCUGCGACGCUGUCUUUUCUGCGUGCGGGGCGGCUUUUUUCGCAGCAGAUGGCACCUCGCAGCACAUCUUCCCCUGUGGCCGCCGCGACACGCUGUGUGCGCGGGCCGACUCCCUUGCCUCCUCCGGCCGCCAGUUCUGCCAGCUGGCGGGCUUUGAUUGGCUGCCCGACUCGCACGGAGCGGGGGUGGACAGGAGAGGGGGGCGCGGGGAGGAGAUGGGGGGGAGAGAAGACGAGGAGGGGGAGGAGAGGGUGUGCUUUGACGGCACUCUCCUUUCUGCUGCCGCUGUUGUGAGGGGAAGGCACAAGGGGGCAGGGGGGAAGGGGGAGAAGGGGAGUGGUGAGGAGGAGGAGGCGGAGGAGGAGGGUGGAGGGUGGUGGGAGCAGUGGGCGGGUGGCGAGGGGGGGAGACCGUUUGGGGGCAACGUGGUGUGGAUGGUGUAUCUCCCUCGUCGCUCCCCGCACUCACUGCUGGCCUCAAAUUUUCGCCACCCUCCCAGCAGCACCUUCCCUCACAGCCCUCCUUUCUUCCCUCCUCGCACCCCCUCGCCCCUCCCGUCCUCUCCCCGCCCCAUUCCCUCGUUGCCUGGCAGGUGGGUGGCGGCACGCAACCGGCGCAGGAGGCUGUUUGUGGGGCUCGUCAGGCGGGCAGGGGGCGGGGGGCGGCAGCAGCAGGUGGAGGGAGUGAGGGCGCGGCAGCAGCAGCAACUCGACGAGGCUGUGGCUGCUGCUGCUGCGUCCCCCACCUCCACCACCACUGCCUCUGCCACUGCUGCCACCACCACUGCCCGCAGCACCGCAAGGCACGCUCGCUAG